CCAUUCACUCGGAGUUCUCACUCUAUGAUUGCCAAAUCAAAGUCUAAUACUUGAAGAGUUGCAGAUAAAAAUGAGUUAGGAAUAAUAUAUAAAAGUAUGUGUCUUAGAAGUUUCUUCUUACAGGUUGAUAAAUAAUCUUUUCUUUCUUUUUAAGGUUUUGUUAGACCAACAACAUAACUCAGGGGCUGACUGGUGGUCCUUUGGUGUCAUCCUGUAUGAAAUGGCUACUGGUUAUUUACCAUUUAAUCAGGAUACAAUCAAUGGGCAGCCGGAGUAUCCCAAAUGUCUUGGGGCUGAAUUGUGUGACCUCAUACAACAGCUCUUGAGGAAGAAUGCCAACGAACGGCUUGGGGUGUACGCCAAAGUCCGGGACCACCCAUUUUAUUCAUCAACUAAUUGGGUGGAAGUGGAAAAAAGAGCACUGGUGCCCCCUGUAAAACCACUAAUUAGAUCAGUUAAGGGGCUCAGUAAGAAUGACAACCCGUUCACCGAAGACAACGCUGGUGUGAUCCGCAUACUGAAGAACUUUGACUAUGUGGAUCCAAGCUGGCAGGAAUAAUACAUCUUUGUACCAGCACAGAGGUUCAUCCCAUCCAAAUGCCCCUCAAACAGUUCUGCAGACAUUCCACCAGCAGAAGAGCUAACAUCUGCCUCAUUCGCCUGCCUCCCUGUUUCAUCCUGUAUCAUCGGGUAAAGUAUAACAUACUCCUUCUACCGAGGUGAGCAGGUACGAUUUAUUGCCAUUUUACUCUGUGAAACUGAUCCCACUGCUGGUUUCAUUCUUAUAGGUUAAGCUGCCGCCCGAAGGAAGAUCUCGCACAUAUACCAUCUGAUGUGUGAGAUACAGGUUUGUAGUACUGCAGCCAACA